UUCAAUAUCAUCUUUGUCCUCUCACUUUCUCAACAUGGGAGAAGAACUAAAGCUAUUUGGAUAUUGGUGUAGCCCAUUUAGCUGCAGAGUCAUAUGGGCUCUGAAACUAAAGGGGUUAGACUAUGAAUACAUUGAAGAGGAUUUGUUCAACAAGAGUGCCUUGCUUUUACAGUACAACCCAAUUUACAAGAAGAUCCCAGUACUCCUUCAUGGAGGAAAACCAGUUGUGGAGUCCAUUGUCAUCCUUGAAUACAUUGAAGAAACAUGGCCUGAGAAUCCCUUGCUCCCAAGUGAUCCUUACGAGAGAGCCAUAGCUCGAUUUUGGGCUAAAUUUGCUGAAGAUAAGAGUUCAAGCAUUUGGACAAUGUUUGCCACAGUAGGAGAAAAACAAGAGAAAUCAAUAAAAGAGUGCUUGGAAGUGUUGAGAACCAUUGAAGAACAUGGUCUUGGAGAGAAGAAAUUCUUUGGUGGAGAGACUAUUGGAUUAGCGGACUUAGCCUUAGGAGGGAUUGCUCAUUGGUUGGGAGUGAUGGAAGACAUAUUAGAUCAGAAAUGGGUGGAAGCCCAUACGUUUCCUCGCUUGCAUGCUUGGAUACAUAAUUUUAAGGAAGUUCCUGUGAUCAAAGAGAACCUGCCUGAUCGUGAUCAAAUGUUUAUCUCUUUAAAGCAACGGAUGGAAAAACUUUCUGCAUCUGCCAAAAACUAGUGUUCUACUAUUCUUAAGUUGUUUGCUUUUACUCUCUAUAGGUUUUCUUUCCCACAAAGACAAUCUACUGUAUGCUUAAUAAGUUUUUAGUCUGUUGUUCAAAAAAAUAAAUAAAUAAAUACUGUAUGCCCUCUCACAGUAAUUUUUGGACAAAGUUUCCCUUGACUGCACGAUGAGGUUCAUCAUGUGAUCCUAGGGUUCAGAAACUGCGUCCCCUCCCCCCCACCUUGCACAGCCCUGAUCACCUGUGUUGAAUGGGAAUCCAUUCACCAUAGGUGCAGGGAA